AUGGAGCCUGGACGCCACACUUCCAGCGCUGUGUCCUCGGCAUCAGCGUCGCCCGUGUCAUCGCCGCGUACUCGCAGACCGAUGACCACCACGACGGACGAAAUUCUCUAUACGCAGCCUGCGAGCGUCCACUUUGGAGGCUUUGAGCUUUGGCGCUCCGUCCAACAGCGCAUCCGCGUCCGCAACAACAGCGCCAAAGCCAUACGACUGCGAUACACGUUUCCAACUGGAAAAAAAGGGUUCCGAGCGACGUUUGCCAAGGUUGAUCGACCAUCGUUCGUGUCGGCGGGGCUCUGCGAGGAGAUUUUGGUGUCGUUCACGCCACCUACCGGGUUCCAGUAUUACUACGACUGCAUCCAGGUGCAAUGUGAAGAAGUUGCAUACGGUUCCAAUACCGACGUGACUCGUAGUGGAUCCACAUUGAUCCCGCUGCACGCAUAUCCAAUGGUGAACGAAGUAGCGUUUCCAACGCGGCUGGACUUUGGUGUGGUAGCGCGUGGUACCUGUGCCCGCAAAUUUCUUGAUAUCACGUGCUCCGUUCCGGUUGAGUUCGAGUACGAACUACGCGUCACGAAGCCGCAUCCGGCGUUCACGGUAUUUCCACUUACAGGUUCCAUCCCUCCUACAGGUGAGGCGUGUAUUGAGCUCGAAUAUCGACCACUGCAGUACGCGACCGCAAGUGCCGAGUUAGAAUUGCACGUCUCGCAACUGGGAUUCGUUCCUCGUAUAUGUACCCUAGUAGGCUCGUCCUCCAGCACUGCAGUCGGUGGAAGUACAACCGUGGAGGUUGCACAGCUGAAAGGAGGCUCACCAGCGUCUCCAGCAGGGAAAGAAAGGUCAGGACGCCAAACCGCGGAGCAGGCAAAAAUAAGCAAGGCCAGCACACCAAGAACUGAAACGAAGACUCGAAGAAAGGAAUACGCGAAAGAAGAGCCUCAGUCCGACGAAGUCAACGAGCGAGAGGGACUUGAGAAGGUACGGGGUAUUGAAAUCCCCCACAAUUUGAACUCCGUCACAGGUGUGACUUUUGUGCUAAAUCAAGAAUCGGGUAAACUCAAGCCUAAGGACUUGAAGAAGGCCAUCGCCAGAAACCGUGCACUCCAACAGCAACAACGAGAAGAGCAGGCUAAACUGAGCACAGGGAAAGCUCCAGAUGAUCAGGACGAAGAUGCCGCGACGUUAAACUUUCACGCUCUUGUGCAAGAAGAAGAGGGGUAUCUGGAAAGAACACGCGUCGGUAAACAGGUCAAGGAUAUGUUCUUUCUUCAUGAACUCCGGGAAGUGGCCGAGGCCGAAAAGACUCUCGAGUUCCAGAGCCACAAAGUGCACCUCGGGCAGCGGUUGCUGUCGAGUAAGCAAGUCGAUUAUCUAGCCAAGCUUCGAGAAAAAAACUCUCGUGUACUGACAAAUCAGCAACGAGAGCAACUUCGCACGAUGUUCAUCAAUGUGCUGUACGAUCCGCCGGUCGUUUGUGAUCAGAAAAACGAUAACAAUCAGCUUCUUUUGCUCGGAGAACUUAAAACUGCAGUGCUUCCAGCUCACUUCAUACCAGCGUACACCCCGGAUUUCAAACCAUACAAGAACGAUCUGUGGGCACGACGGCAGCGUCUACUGCGUCGUCUAGUUCGUGCCGUGUCAACGUGUAUGUUGCGCCUUAGAGCUCAGAAGCGCCUCAAUCGUAUUCAUGCAUGGCUUGAUGGGUCGAAGACUCGGGCUCAAGUGCGCGAAAAGGUUGCGCUGGACUGGCAGUCAAGUACUCAAACCGGGUGUAUCGCUGUUCCCGAGGCAGAAAAAUACAACGUUUCAAUGCAGAAGGCAAUACAGAAAAGCAAUGAAUCAGUAUCAAACGAUGACAGUAGCCGAAACUAUUUAUCCAGUUUCCCCAUAAUCGAAGAGAGCACCACACAGAAGCACCGCGAGAGUAUUGAUGUACCAGCAGAUUGGGGACUUAAGUUCACAUCGUUUACGUUCAUGGAACUCAAACCUCGUGAUGAAUCUCUUUUAAUGGGGCAUGAACCUUUUCCCCUGCCGGCACUUCCGACGUAUGUGCCGCUGCAACAUACUCGUUUGCUUCGUCAGGGUGCCAAGGACGAAAUAGGGGUACUUGACUCGUUACUGCUCCAAUCUCCAGCUUCAAAGGUUGAUGUUUUCUCUACAAAUGAUACCAGUAUCGAUCAAACACUAUCUGGUAGUGCGCCGUCAAUGCUGGAAAUGUUGCCAUCGGACAUUUUCCAACGGCCACAAGCUAGUGUGCGACCACUUCAGGAAUUGCAAGGACAACGUGAGACAGAGUCAAGCUACGCCCUGCGACCACGCCGAGUGUUUCGUACGUUUCCGACUUAUUUUAUGGCUUGGCAGAACUCCCAGAUUGGACUUCAGUCCGUCACAGGGUCACAUGAUGGAGUAAAACUCUACUUGUCGGACGCGUUUCUCAGCUCUACCGACAGAAAACAAGUGGAACCAGUAUUCCCUUUUGCUACAGAAUUCUCAAUUACUGCGAAUGGAUCAAUGUUCGGAGACGCAUGGAAUUUGGAUUACAACACUGUUCCUCCGCUUGCAAAGCGAGCAGAUGAUAUUCCGAGUUUGUCGGAUAGCGAGAGUGACGAGGAUGGAGGGACUGGAGAGGCCCAUAUCUCGUGGAAGCAUGCUCUUGAGUUGUUUGAAGACCCCUCGGCUGGCCUAAACGAUGAUAAACCUUCUAGCAUUUUUGAAGACGGUGAGCUUUUCGGAUGCGAAAAGGGAGUUUUCAGCUUUCAGCGAUACCGCCAUUUGAUUCGGCAAGAGCGUGCAUACAACAUUCACCGGCAAAAACUAUUUGAGCGGCUUCCCGAGCUACUACCGGUAGCUCCGAAAAUCUCGGUUAUCUGGGAUAAAUGGUCAGAUCUUUGCGAAGAUGUCGGUUAG